AUGGAAACCCAUUCCACUGAUGUUGUCCAUUCCUGUAUACGGCUUACGAGGUCGAGUCCGUUGGCUGCUCUUUCUCUACGCUCUCCAACUUUUUCAACAGCGGAUCUUCGACGAGCUCAUACACCGUUAGCUCGAACUACCUCGGCCUCCUUACCCGGCAAAGUGAAACCCAGACUAGGAAGAAUGAAAUCAAUCCGAGAUUCACCUUGCUUCAUAGCCAGACCAACACAUUUGGAACUGCCGCUUAGUGACGAUGAGUCACCUCUAGGCACCAUUGCCGAAGAUACGAGAUUUUACGAAGAUUCCGACGACGACCUUGUGAAGAGGUUCGUUACUUACUGUCACCUUUUCUAUCUUCCCCUAUCAAGUUUUCCACUGAGUUCUCCACUCUCUUUCAUCAUCCUCCUCUUUUCCUUAACAGUGAUGCCACACUCCAAAAAUUUGCCAGAAUCUGUCAUUUUUUUUUAUCUCAUCUUAUCAAACUUCAAUAUAAGACCCAAAUAGCA